AUUUAGUGCUUCUGGAAAGAAGCGACAGAGGUGAUUCCUCAUAUGGAGAAAGAUUUAGGAACGAUGGCAAGGCAACGGGAUAUGGUCAUGCUAAGCAUGAACCCCACAAAUUUGAUAUUGUGGUCAAAGUUUAUUCUUGAAACGUUUUUCUUAUGGGUUGCACAUACCCAGAAUGUUUAUAAACUGAGAAACAAGCGAAGUGUUGGUGACUUGAAGGAGUCUAAAUUGAAUAGGAGGAAGGUGUUCGUGAAAGUUGAUUUCGACAUUCCUCUGGCUUUGGAUGAUAGCUUCAAUAUCAUCGAUGACACCAAAAUCUGCACUACUGUCCCCACCAUCAAGUUCUUGAUGGUUCAUAGCGCCAGAGUCAUCAUAUGCAAUCACAUGGGAUGCCUUGAGGGUGUUAGCUUUGAAUACAGCCUAAAGCCUCUUGUGCCAAGGCUUUCUCAACUCCUUGGAGUGGAGGUUAAGAUGGCAAAUGAUUGCAUUGGCAAGGAACCAGAGGAAAUGGUGGUUCAACUUUCUAAUAGGGUAAAGGCAAUGCAGGACCCAAAGAAUCAAGAGAUUCUCCUGCCUCUGUUUCUUCUCAUCAUUUUGAUUACUUUGAAUAAGAAAUAUGUGAAGCUGAUGUCAAAAUAUCCAGAGGUCAGGAGAGGGCUUACCUUACAUGGAGUUAGUCAAUCCCUUUGUAGUAUUCACAUUAUGUCUUCAGCAUUAGAAAUUGAAUUGGUCUCAUGUCCCAAGGAUAAGUAUGCAUACCUUUUACAUGGCGUGGAUACAUGCACUAUUGGAGUUGUUGAUCCUUUUGAAGCCUCGCCAAUUAUAGAUGCUUUGAGUAGCCAACAUUGGAAUUUGAGUUACGUAUUAAGUACUUAUCACCAUCAUGACCAUACUGGUGGGAAUAUGGAGUUAAAAGAAAGAUACGGUGCUAAGGUGAUUGGUUCAGCAUUAAACGAUGAUAGGAUUCCAGGCAUUGAUAUAGUUCUAAAUGAUUGGGACAAGUGGCACUUUGCAGGACUUGAUGCAACUUUAGAAGAGACCAAACUGGCUGAGAUGAAGUAUAGUGAUUCGAGUACUAUCCAAAAUAAGGUAGCAAGUCAAAUUCAGUCAGGACUUGCACCGGAGAGUAUGCUAGUGAGUAAGACUACUUUGGUGAUGAAAGAUGUCACAUCCAUGUUGUUGGAGAAUGAUAAGUUUCUUGGGGAGGAUGAUGGUGCCAAUCAAAUUAAUGCUUUGGUGAUGGAGCACUCUCGAGGAAGAUCCUAUGGACGUGGAGGUGGAGGAAAUCGAGAAAGGUUGAAAUCUAGACCUAAGAAGGAUUAUGGUGAAGUGCAAUGCUUCUAUUGUGGUGAGUUGGGUCAUAAACAGUAUAAAUGCCUGAAGUUUAACGAGGACUUUUCUAAGAUGAAAAUAUUGAUGAAAAGUCAAGAAGCCAAGGGCAAGGGGGAGGCUAAUAUUGUUGAAGAAAAUGUGGUUGAAGUAUUAGCUUGUGAAGAGUGUGAUCCUGAGGUGAAGCAAAACAAUCAAAGGUGGAUUUUGGACUCUGCUGCAACCGUGCAUGUGUGCAAUAAUCAUUCGAAAUUUGUGAGUUUGGUUCGGGGGGAGCUUGGAAAAACAAUGGUGGCUAUCGACAAGAAGGUGAAUAUUGAAGGCAAAGGAGAUGUUCAUCUCAAUGUUCACAAUGGGAGAGCCAAGAUUCUCAAGAAUUAUGUCGAAAAGCAAGAAUGGUGCAAGGUCUACAAAGGUGGAAGACUUGUCUUACGUGGGAGGAAGAACAAGCACAACAUCUAUGUGCUUGAGCAACAUCCCGAGAAAAGGCUUAACAAAACCAUGAGAAAGAUGGUGUGGAAGGCUAAAUGGAUCUUGGUAGAUGGCAAGGAAAUUAAUAAAACCAAGAAGAAGCUAAGCUUCAACAAUGAAGUGGUGUUUGAUGAUGAGGGAGCUGAGUCAUGGUUGGUUUCUCCUCCCAUGGGGUUGGAUGGGGAGAUUGUUGGUAGAAAGUCUAACCCCAUGCAUGUGAACACAGGGACUUUCUAUGUGGUGAAAUUUCUUCACCAACCUAGCUAGUUGUGGACUAGGAUUGAUUUAUCGAAAUCAUGCAAGAUUGCAUAUUGACCCAUUUAAUGAAGUAAGAAAAAUCAU